AUAGAAGAGAUAGGGGGAGUUUGCAGUUGAAACUUCGGUGCUUCGGCGCCUAGCCUUGCUUUGUGUUCUCGCUAACUCAGCCCUAUCGCCACCUCACUUUUUGCAGUGCCAGUUCGUCCGAUCCUCACCACAGCCGGGGCGCCGACAACCCCCCCCCCCCCCCCUACCCAUCACCGUGUUUCUCAUUUCUCGUUGGAGCUGCUUGUGGUUGGCACUCUCUCUAACUAAGCAACCUCGAAUCCACACGUACAACGCCCUGAACAACACAUCCCAUCUAUCGACGACCACAGGUGCUCAAGACCCAACCCCAGGCUUGACAUCUUGCGUCGCUAUGCACUCUCCACAACCGCCAAUAUCCCAAUGUCCGCCAACAGCAUCCCUAAUGGCAGCUCCUCGGCCCCAGCAGCCCGUAAAACUCCCAAUAAGCUGAACCCGAGCGCCGGCUCUCCGUUCAUCCGCGAUGCCUCGACUCUUUCCGACAUCCGCGCCGCCCUGACUGCUCUGCAUGAGCGCGAGGCCGCGAUAACGACCCGCCUCGAUGCGCUCCUCUCUUCGCAGACAGAUUUAUCCCGAGAGUUGGGCCGACUCGACCUGCUCCGCGCGAAUCUCGGCUCCCAGGUCAUCGCAACCCGGUCCAUUAGCAAUGGCAUGCUAUUCUCAGCCGCCGACACUGCGGGGCGGCUCUCCAGCCGGGUUAAGGAGCUCGACCUAGAGAAAGACAGGGUGCAACAGACCCUGAAGGUCGUCGAGCAAGUGGCAGAGCUCAAGGCCUGCGUCCAUGGCGUUGUCGGCAGCAUGGGCGCCCCGCAAGACUGGGAGGCGGCCGCGGGCUACAUCUCCCGCGUAAGUAAGGUACCCGAGUCCAUUAUACGCGGCGGCUUCGCUGCCGCAAUUGUACCCAGCGUCGAGGUGCCUGAUGCACCCUGGGUGACGCUCGAGGAGGCAAAGGAAAGCUUGUGCGGGCUUUUUCUACGCGAGUUCGAAAAAGCAGCAAAGGAGAGCGACGAUGCCAAGGUGACGAGAUUCUUUAAGCUGUUCCCCCUCAUAGGUAGAGCCGAUGUUGGGUUGGAUGUAUAUGGGAGUUACGUGUGCCAGGGCGUUGCGGGCACAGCCAGAGCCACCCUCAAAGAAGGACCCGGCGGUACCGGGAAGAAGGACGGCUUCUUCUAUGCUAGCGCUCUUACGAAGCUCUUCGAGCACAUCGCUCGGAUUGUCGAAGGCCAUGGUGGGCUUGUAGAAAGGCAUUACGGGGGGGGCAAGAUGAUCAAGGUCAUAGAGAGGCUCCAAAUGGAGGCUGACGUGCAGGGUGGCAUCAUUCUAGACUCGUGGAGCGACGAAAGGGACGUUGACACGAAGCUCAGAGAUGCGAAGAGUUAUCCGUUUUCUUUCCUGGUGCAGAGUUUCCUGCCACCGCAGAGAUCGCUCACCGGUACACCGCGCGUGAAUUCGCCCGCGGCGGGGAGCGGAACCAAUGCUCGGAAUAGCGAGGAGGAAGGCGUCAACAUGAAAGAAGUGGACGGGUUGCUCAACGAGAUCUCCAUCAUGCUCGGCCGGUGGUCCUUGUAUUCGAGAUUCCUUGCUGGUAAAUGCCAGAAGCCCGACACCCCUGAUGGAGCCCCUCUGUCAAUACCGGAGGUUGUAACGAAAUCCAAUCUCAGCCGAAAGGUCUCAGCGAAACUCGUAUCGCCUUACAAUUUUCUCGCCACCUUUUUCUUCAGGAGGUCGGUCGAAAAGGCGUUUCAGCUCGACGAGUCGCCUGCGGGCCUCUCCCUAAACCUCAGCAAGCCCAUCGACGGAAAUGCGCCAUACAUUAUCUCAGCCGUCGAUGAUGUGAUGUAUAUCGUCAGUACAAUUGUACAGAAAGCUUUGUCGACGUCACAACGCGACGUGGCGGCCUCGGUUAUCCCAGACGUUGGGAGAGUAUUAGGGGCGGACUUCGUGGGAAUGGUGCAACGAAAGAUGCGAGAUGAAUCCUAUCCGAAACCGGCCGCACAAGGGGGUCUCCCGCCAGAAGACAAGGUUGUCGCUUUCAUUGUGCUUAUCAACAGCCUUGAUGUCGCAAACGACUACUUAGCCCGUAUCAUCUCAGCACAGCUGGGCAACUCGGCCGAUCAACCUGACGGGACAUCCCCCCAGCACCCUCUUACCGCAUCCUUUCCGUUUGAACAUGACGUCGCGUUCAUCGCCUCGGCGCUCAACACUCUGAAUACUACCUUCUCCAUGAAGACGACGGAGCUCAUAUCCGACGCCCUACAGGUUCUCUUCGCCAAUGUUAUCAAGCAACGACUAAAACCGGUGCUUUCCGAUGCCUUCCGCGAUGCAGAUUAUUGGCGCUCCGAGGAAGAACUAGCGGAAAUAGCGCGGCAGAAUGACGAAGACGCAGACGAGGUGACGGACCGCGUCCAGCGUAGAUUCGAACACGGAUGGGAUACACUGAUGAAGCCCGUCGCUCGGCUAAUGACGCCCAAGACAUUCGCCGCUCUUAUUGAUAAAACCGCGGCUGACCUGUCCAAGGUCCUGGAGAAGAGGGUUUGGAGCUACAGCGGGAAGACGAGCGCAUACGGUUCUAUCCGGAUGGAGCGAGAUUUUUCGGGCAUUGUUAGCACGGUUGCGAGAGGCAACUACUCUGUGAGGGAACUCUUCGCCAGGAUAACGCAGAUACUCAUGGUUGCCAACAUGGAGGAAGAGGAGUGGGAAGAACUAGGUGGUGAAAGUGACGAGGACGAUAUCCAGUGGGUGCUCAACGAGGACGAGAGGCGGAGAGCGAGGAACUUUGUUAAGACGUGAUCAUGAUAAAACGUAUAUAGGCGUGCGCCCGCCGUAGAUCUGAUAUCUAUACAUAGGCACGUGUACUAGGUACAACCGGCGUGGGCGCUGCUAACGCCGACGAGAGUAGAUAGAGUAGUACUUAUACCUAGCCUUGCUGCCCUCCCCAAAAAGGCAUACGAGCAGCAUGUUAUUCAGAGAUAUUCCAGGUGGCAAGCUACACAU